AUGUUCUCUACAAUACUGAUUCACAACUGCGGCUCCAUCGAUGGCGAACCAACAACUAUUACACUCAAAGCCUCACCCUCUUUCCCCGCAGCCCUCUGGUAUCAGCAAGACUGGGAAAGACCAGUUCCAGCCACAUGGGCGGCCAAGGAUGUUUCUGGCUUCGACGGGACGCUCGAAAUCAAGCUUGUUGAACGCAUCUCGGAGGGACGAAUUGGCAUAACCUACGUGGCACAAGUUAUUUCUGCCACACAAAGCGGCAGUGACGUCCGUUCAACCAUCCCUUCCACCUUAUGCCUCAAAUUCGCCAAGCCAGAGUUCAGUCGGAGCCUAGCUAGAGAAGCUUGGUUCUACGAGCAGCUCGAAUCGUUGCAGGGCAUCUCCGUACCCCUUUCAUUCGGAUUCUUCGCGUCCACCGCCUCGGAACAACCCAAAUUCCCCGGUGUCGAUUUCGAGUUUGAGCCCUGGACUGACCGACAGGUAUUAUUCGAAGAUACGGACUCGACCCCGGACAACAUCGACGAGUAUCCUUCGCCAGACUGGCUCACCGACGACGUGCCCGAAUAUUACGCUGAACGGACCUUUGAGCACACGCACCACGAACUAGACUCGCCCUGGUACCAAUGGAGUCGGAACCUCGACGACAAUCCCACCAUCUCCGUCCUCGUCCUCGAGCUGCUGGGCGAACCAUGUACCGGGCGGAAAACUGCUGCAGACAAACACGCAAUUCAUGAAGUAAUGGACGACUUGGCUGCAGUCGGCGUGGUGCAUGAUAAUCUUACACCUUGGAACACACUGGCAUUCAAGCCAUCUCCGCAGAGUGAGCCACAGCUAUGCCCUCGACACGGAGUUGUCCAUCCCUGGCGGAUCAUCGACUUCGACCGAUCCAAGAUGGCAGAUCCCACAAACCUCAGCGAUUUUGGCUGCCGUAACGUUUUGGAUACUGAGUACGUGUUGGAUAUUGCAGUUUCUUUCAACUUUUGGGCAUGGCGAUAG